AACACACAGUUUGCCAUGUCGUCUGCAGGUACAGAUAUACCUUGUGUCAAUAUCACAGUAGAUCCUAAUGAAGCUAAAACCGGGGCGCUUGAAAUCAUCAAACACCUGCGCCCAGAAUGGCUUCUGGACAAAGUCGAACUGAGGACAUUCACUGAAGGGAUUACCAAUUUUCUUUGUGGCGUGUUUUUGGAUGGAUUGCCAAAUGAUACGGUGAUGGUGCGCAUAUAUGGGGAGAAGACAGACCUCAUCAUUGACCGGGAAGUAGAAAUGAAGAACAUGCGACUAUUACAUGCAGCAGGCUGUGGUCCACCAUUAUACUGUACAUUUAAUAAUGGCAUCUGCUAUGCGUACCUGCCAGGUGUGCCAUUAGAUGAACAGAUGGUCAGAGAUAACCACAUCAGCAGGCUGAUAGCUAGGGAAAUGGCCAAACUCCACAGCAUUCCCCUGGAGACAGUGCAAAGCUUCAUGGGCACAGAGAAAGCCUCUGCUGUGAACCCUCAGCCGUGUCUGUGGGUUAAGAUACAGAAGUAUUUGGACCUUGUGCCUCAGUCAUUCGCAGACCCACAAAAACAACAACGAUAUAUGAAGCACAUUAAACCCAAGGCUGAACUGCAGAAAGAGCUGAAUGAGAUGAGGAGCUGUCUGGAAGGUUUGGAUUCCCCAGUGGUCUUCUGUCACAAUGACCUUCUGUGUAAAAACAUCAUCUACAACAAGCAGUAUGAUACUGUUUCUUGUAUAGAUUAUGAGUAUGGAGCCUUAAACUAUGAGGCAUUUGACAUUGGCAACCAUUUCUGUGAAUAUGCAGGUAUUGAUGAGGUGGACUACACCCGCUACCCUGACAAAGCCUACCAGCUGUCCUGGCUGAAGAUGUACCUGGAGUAUUGUAAGCAAGCCACAGGGAAACCAGACACACCCAUUACAGACACACAGCUGGAGAGACUCUAUGUCCAAGUCAACAAGUUUUCUCUGAUGGCUCACAUGUUCUGGGGAUUCUGGGCUCUUAUACAGUCAGAUGUUUCUGCAAUAGACUUUGACUACUUAGGAUAUGCAAUUACCAGGUUAAAUGAGUACUUCGCCCGAAAGGAAAAAUGUUUGGCUUUAAAACUACCUCAUUAAAAGGACUGGCAUUUUCUUUCAUGAUGUGAAAUCAAAAACAGACAUUUAUACCCAUCAAAAAAAUCACUGUUUAAAUUGAACCUACUUCUGUGACAAAAAAAAAUGUUGAAAUAAAUCAAAACCACAGUCCGAUUUUUACGCUCAACCAAGCUCAUAAACAGGGAGUAGUCACGUCAACUUGCCUUUGAAAUAAGGUCAUGUGAAAGUUCACAUCAUUUGAUUACAAAGAUGAAGUAUAAAAUAUUGUCCCUAUAUCGUCCGUGAUUCUCGAUUGACAUUGGCUGAUCAGAUGGGUUAAAAUGUUGACAUACGUGUCGAGGCUGCAGGCCAUGCCCCCACAUGGUAUAUGAGAUUUAAACCCUGCUCAGCUGAAUUACUGCCCAGCCUGACGUCAUUUUUCUCUGUGACACUGCAUUCCAUGGUGUGUCAUUGUGCCGUCACGCUAAAACCAGCGCUGUCUGGAGUCGACAUAGCUAACAUGAUUUUUGGUUUUAAUGGGUACAUGUAAUCCUUUUCAGGGCUAACUCACCUCCACAUGUACCUCACUCUAACAAUGUACAGAUUCAGUGAAGUUACCGACUGAGCAAGUACGCAUUUUUUUAGUAUAAUAAUACAUAUAGUGCAUGAUGGGGGAUGGGAUAUCAGGAAUUGUCAUUUCUUGACAAAUGACAUAGAACUCCUUCUUCGGACACGAACAUCGCUUCUCUCAAGCUGACAAUUCCUGAUAUCCCAUCCCUAGAAGGCUGCCGGAUCAUUUCUUGACAAGUGAUAUUUAACUCAUGCUUCAAACACGUUGAACAUCCUUUCCCUCAAGCUGACAAUUUCUGAUAUCCGAUCCGUCAGCAUGCACUGUCUGUAUAAUGAUUUAUGUCUGGUGAUCAGAUGCACAUGUGUAUGUAUGUGUAAUCAGUGCACAAAAAUUAAUUGGAUAAAUAUAUUAAUUGGUGAGGGAUUAAUUUGUAAAUUGCUUAUGAAGAUUUAGAUUCUAGUUGAUGAUUUUUGUUGCACAAAUAAUUACCCAGAUUACAUGUAUUUAUUGAUAAGAAAUUAGUAAUUUGCUUAUUAAGAUUUUAGAUUAUAAUUGAUAGUGGUUGUGGAGAUGUCAGCAGUAUUGUAGCAUAUUUGUUCUUACUACAUGUAUUCUAUAUUUUUAACAUACAUAAACUGAGCUACCUCUUAUUGUUUACCAGGUGUGCCUUCACUUGUGUCAAUGUCAUGUGUCAUUGGAUACUUCCAACCUUUACAUAGAUACAUGUUGCCAAAGAUUUUGACUAUUUUUCUUUCCAACAAUUUUUUCAUGUUAUACAGAAGACAGUUGUACGUAUUAAAUCUGCUCAUCUUAUCUCAUCAUUUGUGCCACCUGCCAAACAGCAGUAAUCAAAAGGCACCAAGUUAGAGGUGGCUUGGACCCUCCUGAAAAUUUUCUUGUUUCUUCUAGUUUUAAAUUUAGUCCUGUUUUAACAGGAAGUAAUGGGUGACUGUUCUUUAUUCAUAUACAGUUACAUGUAACUUACAGAGAAAUUGUUAAAACAUGCACCUACUGAACUGAUCUGCCAGUCCUAAUCAGUCUUUUAUACUCUUAUUUCCUAUGAUGUGUAGAAUCUUUCUUUGCUUCAAUAACUGUUUAAUACACAGGUUAUACAUGCAGCUUGUAUGUUAUUUAACCAGCUUUUUGCCAUUAUAUAGUGAUUCAUUACCUGUGAGAAUAUAUUUGAUAAGGCUUGUUUAGACUCAUCACUGCAAACAUAGUAUUCCAGAGUACUGGUAUUGGACACUUCAGCUUAAUCUUUAUCACUGACUUCACAGCUCAUCACUUAGCCUUUAGUCAGCUAGUUGCAUGACUUUGAGCGCGUGAAGUUUGCUCCCUUGAUGUGCAUGUAUAGUUAUGAUUUACAAAUAUUUUUAUGUACCUAAGCCAGUAAAAGCCAUUAAGCAUUUUUUUGGAGAGGUAUGAUGUUGAGAAUUUUUUUUUUUUUGAGACGAGAAGCUUUUUGGUGUCAUAUUCAUUGUUUUUCAAACCAAGAUUUAUUGUAUGUAUUUAACAUACAUUGCAUGUAUGUUGCAUUUCUUCAGUGAUUUUUUUAACAAAACUGUUGCAUAAUAUGUCAUAAUAAUUUUUAACAUACAUAUUGCCUUGUUAAAAUCGUGAAUUUCACAGCUUUAAUGUGGGUAAAGAGAGUGAAUUACUUACAGUGACAUGCAUUUAGAAUCAAAUCUGUGUUGUGGAGUGUGUUAAAAACCUCAACAAAUGAAGCUCACAUAGCUAAGUUUGCCCUUAAACACUACAAUGACGUAUGUUGCAGAGAUAUAAAGUGCACUUAGCUAAGGGCUACUUAACACUAAAUAUGCAUCAUGAAACAAGUCCCAGUUAAUUACUCUGAUAUAUCUGUUAUUCAUUUUUGUCUUAUUUAUGAAGAACCAGGCUUUUGUCGUUAAAAAUUAGCCCAUUUUAAUAAUUCUCUCUGAAACUGCAAUUAUAUAGACGAGAGAAGUUCUUCCUUUUUUUAGAGAAAAUGAUAGCUAGGUGACUAUGUCAGGGUUUGAACCAUUGCCCCCAUUGCGCUGUAGUUUGCAAGUAUAAUUUGCAUUUUAUGUGUGUACAGUCAUACAUGUACAUGCGUCUACAGUGUAAAGACAUAAAUAUUGAAAGUGUUAAAAUGGCCUGCAGCUUUAAGCCAUUAUGGACUGGUAGUAGUUAGGUUUGCUGCCUUGGCAAUUUUGGCACUACACUCUCUUUAUUUGAUCGUCGUCAUAUGACUGAAAAAUUGUUGAGUACGACAUCAAACCCCAAGCACUCACUCACUCUUUAUUU